GCGAUUACUGAGCCUGUGUGUUUACAGUCUGAGAGCGGAACAUGGACACUGAGGGAGGAAUAGUUGGACAAGGGACAAUGACUUCUUCUGUACCCGGGACAGGCACCUGUUUUGUGGCUAAAGGUUUAGAUAUCAGCCUGGCAGCCUUACAGCGACACGAUCCCUACAUAAACAACAUAAUCGAUUUGGCUAGCCAAGUUGCGCUGUACACAUUCAGUCACAAAUCUAAUGAGUGGGAGAAGACAGAUGUCGAAGGGAGCCUGUUUGUAUAUACAAGAUCUGCCUCCCCCAGGCACGGCUUCACCAUCAUGAAUCGGCUGAGUAUGGACAACCGGACUGAGCCCAUCACCAAAGACCUGGACCUCCAGCUCCAGGACCCCUUCCUUCUCUACCGGAACGCACGCUUGUCCAUAUAUGGGAUCUGGUUUUAUGACCACGAGGAUUGCCGGAGAAUCGCAGGACUCAUGAAAAAUUUAACACAACAGGAGCUGCUCAAAGCCCAGCAAGGUGGAGGUAGCUCCCCAAGAACACUUCACCCCGGGGACAGCAGAGGUGUGGACAUCCUGGAGAUGCUGACAAAGGCCAGAGAUGAAUAUAACAAGGGUAAGCAGAGUUCAGAACCGAAGGAAAUCGCUGUCAGCAGUGUGAUCUUCGACAACCCCAACCUGAUCAAACCCAUCCCUGUGAAACCAACAGAAAGGCACUGUGCUCCUGUGCAGCACCAGCAGCCCCGGAAGGACGGUGAGUCUGAGCCCAAGCACUUAUCCUUGGCAGCCCUUUUUGGAACCAAGGACAAGUCUGUUCCAGUUUCCACGAUGGAGCAGGACAGCAGCAUGCAGUCGGGAGGCGCUAAAUGCGAGAAUCGCCCUGCAGUGCUCCGAUCCCUUUCUUAUGAGGAACCAGGGCAGGCACCCUCAAAGGCAGCUGCAGACAGCAGCAUCGCCCACCCCUGUCUGGCCUUCCAGAAUCUGAUGACCCUCCGAGGAGGGGGUGUGGAGCUACAGCCUGUCUUGGAAUCUCCUGAAAACCGGCUGUGCGAGAACGGGGGGUUCCAGCCAGCUUGUUGCCCCGGCCGAAACUCUCUGCACAGGCUGUUCCAUCCCCCGGCCUCCGCCUGCUCGCAUCAGCAGACCCAGCUCGAGGGAGCAGAAAACCUGAGCAAGCCUGACUCCGGAGCAGGCCCCCCAGCAGAGCCCCUGGGCUUCAGCAGCAGCAGUCGCCAGUCGCAGCCCCUCUUCUUCAGCCCCAGCGGCCCCCAGCUUGUAGCUCCCUCUCCCCGGCACCCUGUUCCAGGCGUGGUCUACCCCCACGAUCUUAUCCAGAGACUGCAGCUGGUCCAGCAGGAGCAGAACCCUGAUGGGCUGCCCAGGCCUGCUCUUGCAGCCAGGUUCCACGAGCCCCUCAGCCAGAGUGCCAGGCCCCUGGUUACCUGGGCAGAGAAGAGCCCCGCCGGGGACAAGUCAAACCCUCUGUUUCAGGUGAUCUCUCCCCAGCGAAUCCCAGCUACAGUGGCCCCCACUCUGCUCAUGUCUCCCAUGGAGUUCUCCCUGUCCAAAGCAGGGAAGCCCGCAGAGAGCAGCCGGCUCGCCAUGCCCCCAGCGGAGAGCUGUCAGAGGUUGAGCAGGUUGUUAUCCCCCAGGCAGGCUGUGGAGCCUGUCAGUCUGACACCCAGCACUCUCACCAAGAGCCAGCUCCAGGAUACACUACUCUACCUGAUCAAGAAUGAUUCCUCCUUCCUAAACACCAUCUAUGAAGCUUAUCUCUCCAGUAUGACGAAUGACAAGUGACCGAAAAAGAUUUUUUUUUUUUUUUAUAUGUAAAUGCUGCGUUUUUUGUAAAGUUGCCGAUUUGAACAAAUUUGAUAGAAAAAAAUCUGAUCUUUAUGUGUGAGUAUUUCUUCAAAAGACACCUUAUUAUUUUUCGAUUUUUACGUGUUUUAUUUUUAAGCUUUUUUUUUAAUGAAGUUUCCAGUAAUAAAAGGAAGGAAGAAUAACUUAAAUGCAGUUUUAUACAAAUCUGUAUUCGUAGAUCAUGGAAAGAGAAUGUAAAGUCUAGACUGUGUUCGGCAUGUAAGAUACUUGGAAAACGUUUGAACGCAGGCUGGCAGCUGGCUUUGCUUGUCCUCGCACAUAGAGAUUGCUUCCUCGUUCUCAGAGUUGUUAUAUGAAACAACAGUGCAGGUGAAGUAGUAUUUUAUUUCAGAUAUUUUGUUUUAAAAAGAAUAUUUUUCUAUGGUCCCACGUGGUGGAGUUCAUUGUUUACGCCUCUCUUUCCAAGAUGUGUUGAUCACAGAAAAGACGGGAUGAUUUAAAGCAGAAGAACUGGUCACAGUAAUAUUUUAAUGCAGUUUUAUCAGGUUUUAAAAUCAUGCUUGUUUUGUCCAGUCUUUCUUUUAACAGGAAAAUCAUUAAAUUACUUUAUGGCCCAUUUCAAA